AAAUGUGUUAAAAGAUAUCAUGGAAGAUCUUGAAUCUUUCGAUAAGGCUGCUUGGACAAAGGAAAUGUUGCAUAUAUUUUGUGAUAUAUGCAUUAAGGCAAUUGAUAUGGGAAUGAGACCCAAUACUCAUUUCGAUAAAACGGGGUGGAAAUUUCUUAUAACAUCAUUCAAAGAACAAACUGGCCAUGCAUUCACUAAAACACAAUUGAAAAACAAAUGGGAUGGAUGCAAAAAAGAUUGGAGGAUAUGGAAUAAGCUGGUUUCUGAAACUGGUGUUGGCUGGAAUAGUGAAUUAGGCACAAUUUCAACUAGCGAUGAGUGGUGGAAACAAAAAAUUCAGGAAAUUAGAGGAGCCAAAAAAUUCAGACAUAUCGGUAUUGAGCCGUCUUUGAAGAAUAAAUUUGACCGAAUGUAUUCCAACAUUGUCGCAACUAGAGCGUUUGCAUGGGCUCCUUCUUCAGGAGUAUCUGCUGGCAGUGAUGUCGAUCCUGGUACAAGCAAUAUUGCUUGUGAUGGUUUGGAAGAAGGAAGCGAUGAUUCAGAGGAAGAUGUGAUUCCAGAUUUCCAGACUAACAUGGCUCGAAUGGUUGGAGGGAUAAAUAUGUCUAGCAGCAGCAACACAAAAAGUGGUUGCAAAAGAAAAGAACGAGAUCAUUAUGAUGUGCGAGGUAGAAAGAAGAAAACGUCUGGAAUUGGUGUUCAACUGCUGUCAAGGUGCAAUUAACUACUCGAGAGUAUGUCGACUAAGAGUGAUUCCACGUCUGUUAAUUUGGAUCGCGAAGGCUGUAGUAUUCACGAGGUGAUGGCUGAGCUGCACUUAAUUCAUGGAGUUUCAAUUGAAGAUGAGUUCCACGACUUUGCUACGGAGCAUCUGAGUUUAAGAAGGAAAAGAGAAAUGUGGGCUAGUAUGGGUGAUAAGGAGCAGAAGUUGAGAUGGCUGCAAUGAAUGUAUGCACGCACUAAACGUGCUUAGCCGACAUGGUAUUAUUACAUUUUCUUAACUGUUAAUCAAUUAACUAUGUUCACUUGCUUAAUGUAUUUAUACAAGUUUAUUUUAUUGUUGCAGAAUAAUGGGAUGCCGGUUUUAAAAAAGAGUUUUUUCCAAUUGCCAAAGUUUAUUCGAGUCAUUGUAUUCUUCCACAUUUCGUGUUGAGAUAUAUGGGCAUUUCCAUUUGCAGUAAUUUGUUUACUGUUGUAUUUAUAUUAAACUGCUUUUCGGGAGCUAAUAUACUUGUAUGAGAAUAUUGCUGGUU